UUAAAAAUAUAAAUUUUAAAAAAAAUUACAUAAAAUUUUUCAUAAAAUUUAAACGCUGAUUUUUACAAAUCCACCUUUGUAUUUUUCUAUUUGUGCCCUGCUGUACAUUUGAAUGUUUUUGAGCAAAAAAAUAAAUAAAGUUUUUUUUAAAGAUGUUCCAGGCUUGCAUAGUACGACGUUUAACCACACUCUACCGACGUCACAAGCGGGCCUAAUUAACGCAACGAAACGAGCAAAACACAACAUUGUUCGCUGGCUGCACCUGCAGGAAAACCUUCCACGUCUUUUCAGCUUCGCCUUUUUCUGUGGCCCCACGUUUCGCUCUGCCCCCACAACGACCCGGGCCACCUGAAAUCCCCCUUUCUGCCCUGCUCUCCUUUCAGCCGCUGUGGCGGCCUGUAAUUACAGCAUCAGGUUACCCAAGUCAUCAGCCUGGAGCAGCCCUCUCCGUCCGCCCCUCCACCGUCUGAGCCCCAAAGACAGGAAAUGACUCGGAUCUGGGAGACUGUUUCACCUACAUCGAGAUCACAGACGAGCCCCCGCCGCCCCCCGGGGUCUGACACAGAGGACAGCAGAGCCCACCUGAAAUGACCUCUCACCUCAGUGCAGAGGUGCCCCAGGCAGCGCUCACCCUGUGUGUAUUGGCCCACGCGAGAUAAAGCAAAGAUGGGUCGUCUGCUGUCACCCCACCGAUCAAAGCCGAACAUGACGGUUUCCUACAGCCUCGAGGUGGCCAAUGCCAGGUUCGGUGGCUUCUCCAAGCUGCUCUUCCGGUGGAGAGGGAGCAUCUACAGACUGCUGUACAAGGAAUUCCUGCUCUUCUGUGGGAUCUAUGCCUUUUUCAGCAUGUUUUACAGGUUUCUCCUCACGCCAACGCAGCAGGAGCUAUUUGAACGCAUCGCCCUGUACUGUGACCAGUUUACCAACACCAGCUUCAUCCCAGUUUCCUUUGUGCUGGGAUUCUAUGUCACCCUGGCCUUCAAUCGAUGGUGGGGACAGUACACCAGUUUCCCACUGCCAGACAACCUGAUGAUGGCCGUGUCCGGGAACGUCCACGGUACGGAUGAGAAGGGCCGCCUGCUGCGGCGCACACUGAUGAGAUUCGCUAACUUGUCGUCCGUUCUCAUCCUUCGCUCUAUAAGCACCAGAGUGUGCAAGCGUUUCCCAUCUUUGGAGCAGAUUGUGGAAUCUGGAUUUAUGACAUCACACGAGCUCAAAAAGUUCCAGUCGCUGCACUCUGAUUUCAACAAGUACUGGAUACCUUUGACUUGGUUUGCAAAUCUGGCAUCCAAAGCGAGGAAGGAAGGUCGAAUAAGGGACGACGUAGCUUUGAGACUGCUCAUGGACGAGCUCAAUAACUAUAGGGCCAAGUGCAGUCUCCUGUUCCACUAUGACUGGAUCAGCAUCCCCCUGGUUUACACACAGGUAGUUACUGUGGCAGUUUAUUCCUUUUUUGGCUUCUGUCUGAUUGGCCGACAGUUCCUGAACCCCGAGAAGGGUUAUAAGGACCACACGGUGGACAUGUACGUACCGGUUUUCACACUGCUCCAGUUCUUCUUCUACUCCGGCUGGCUCAAGGUGGGGGAGCUCAUCAUUAAUCCGUUUGGAGAGGAUGACGAUGACUUUGAAACCAACCAGCUGAUUGACCGAAACAUCCAGGUAUCGAUGCUGGCAGUGGACGAUAUGUACCAAAACCUGCCUCUGGCAGUAAAGGACAAGCACUGGUUGCAGGGGAACUUCUCCAUCCCUUACACCAUAUCUACAGCAGCAGAGAGUCUCAAACCGGCCUUCAAGGGCUCCACCUAUAACAUGACAAUGAGUGCUGAAGACUUUAAGAUGGACCAGCACGUGGACGGGCCAUUGACGACGCAGCACAUACCUCUUAGGAGCUACCCGAGCGAUGCUGCUGAAAACCUGCCGGAAGGCCAGGGCGUUCUCUGGCGGGGGAGCCUCCCGUUGCUGAAUGACUGCUCCUCAAGCACAGAUGAAGAGGGGUGUAUUCAUGCUUACGGGAAUGACGUCUGUGUUCUCUCUCUGGGCAAAUGUGACGAUGAGGUCUGGAGUCAGAGAGAGCAAGAAGAGACCAUGACUCAAGCUGCAGGGGAGAACAUGUCGUCACAACAAGCUGGCUAGUGUGUGCACUGGUAGAUGGCAUGUAAAUCCUCUUGAAAAAGUUAAUUUCAGGGACCCUUAAAUAGCAAUACACCGGGUCACGCACUCAUUUAGUUAAAACUCUGGUUCAGUGACCUCAACGAGGCAAGCCUGUGUUGUUGUUUGUUUAGUGCUGAAUUGUUUACUUAGUAAUGAAGAGUUAACACUGCUGUACAUGGGAGAAUAACAGUAAAACCAAAGACGGCAAUAAUCAUCCUUUUACUAUGCAUAACUUGAUGACUUCUGAUUAAUUAAAUUCUAGUUAAAUUGUUUCUCUUUUUUCUCUGGGGAUCAAACUUGAGCAAUGCUGAUUUGAUGCAUACAAUUGUUUUUUGUUUUUGUUAACAAAUGGGCUAAAACAACAUAUUUCUGUUUGAGUACAGACAUUAUCAAUUUUUCAUACUUUUAUUUGUGAAAUUUUGAUAAUAAAUCUGAGUAGAUAUUAAAUGUUUUUGAUGCCCAGUAAUAUAAACAGACCAUAUUCAAUUGAUACAUGAUUUAAAAAAAUGUGCAGGUGUAGACUAAGAAUAAAUAAUAUAG